AUGACCCAUAAUGCAUCAGUGUCCUACACCUGGGCCUUCCAGAGGACCAACCAGCCCUUAGAGACGCGUCAGUUUGUGAACAACAUAGCGCGCAUCUACAGCAUCACUCGUGCCCUGCCACCCUACAUCCACCCGGACUGCCCCACGCCAUGCCCGGGCCGGACGCGUGCCAGCCGUGCGGGCCGGCCAGCAAGAGCGACAAGGAGCACAGCCGGUGCUACAGCGACUGCCGAAUGCAAAGACAACGUGACGGACCUGUCCCUGUACGAGUCGGAGGGAGGCAAACCCGAGGGCGGCGCGUCUGUUCGAGCCUUUGUCUGUCAAUCAACCAUCAUCCCAGCUGGUGGGCGGGGCUUCCACACCUCGCUGUCCUCUCAGUCCAUCACGUUGGUCGACACCUUCCUGGGAGCCACAGUGGAGACCACACUGGGAGACAUCACUGCUCGACCGGACCUGUUUCCAGACGCCAAACACCAACUGCCUAAUAUCAUCAUCUACUACAGGUCCUCAGAUGUGACGGCGUCCUGUAUGGCGGGCCGGAGCCUAGUGCUUCUCCUGCGCUGUGACCCGGACAUGAGCCCCCAGGGAGACGUCACUGUGCCCAGUCCGUGCCCGGCCGGGACGUGCGACGGCUGCAGCUUCCACUUCUUAUGGCGGAGCUCUGGAGCCUGUCCCCUGUGCUCCCAUCAUGACUCCCACCGGAUAGAGGGGGCCUGCAAACACGGACUACAGGGGGUGGUGUGGGUGUGGAAGGAGCCUCGCGUCUGUGUGGGGAAGCAGACCCUCCCCUGUGACAGUGUGGAGGCCGACAGCUGUGCCAUGAUGGAGGGCGAGACCGAGGGAGAGCCAGAGGAUGACGUCACCUAUUCCAAACCAUCGCUCAUCGGCAAACUCAAGGCAAGGGAAAUGGUGAACACUACGAAAACGUGCAGCUCAACUCAUCACCGUCCAAAGCGCUGGUGUGGAGCUAAACCACACCCAAUGUAA